UUAAUUAAUAUAAAUUAAAUAUUUUAAAUUAUGAAAGUUUUUAAAGGUCGUUUUCUCUGUCGUUAAGUAAGCAGGAGUAAUAAUAUAUUUCUUAGCACGUCUAACUGCGCGUGCUACGACUGAGCAGUUGAAACUAUUUAAUUCUUUCUUAUUAAUUUAAUGCAUCUAAUUUAUUUUCUUAAUUAACGGCAUAUUGUGGUUUUCAACUUCAUUUUUUCGAAUUUCGACACAUACAUGAUAUAAUGGCAUCAAAGAGUAGUCAAAAUACAUUUGAUGAACAGGAAUUUAUUUUAAAACAAGCAAAAUUACGUUCUGUUCUUCGAAUUCAGAAUGGCAGAGCGAAACUAAUUGAUAUCUUAUCUCAAUAUUUAGAGACUGAUCGCUCAUGUGUGUUUAUGCUGAAUAUCAAAGACCCAGUAGAUUAUAUCAGAAGUUUUAAAAUUGUUGAUUUACAGAGUCUUUUAUCUGAUAUAAAAUUAUAUCAAGACCUUGAAAAAAACGAAAAUUUAGAUUUCUGGAAUGAUCUACAACUAAUUGUGGAGAACAUAAUUAAUGAAAAGCAUUCUGAUAAACUUGAAAGUUUGAAAGUUGCAAAGAGAACAGCUAUUAAUUCAUCUGUGAAAGGUGAUAUUGAUAUGAUUUUCAAGAAUAAGACUCUGGAAGAGUUGAAAAUCCUAUAUUUUGAGGUAGAAAAUAAAAUUGCUAGUCAUCACAUGAUUGAUGUAGCUUACUGGGAAGUACUACGCGACAGUCUGAAGAUUCAAAUAGCUGAAGAGAAAUUGAGAGAUGUUAACAAAAAACUAAUGAAUUCAGUUGAAAAGAUAUCAGUAAAUGCUGAGUUGGAGGGAAAAAUCACCAGCAAUAAUGACUGUCAAAACAGGUGUGAAUCAAUAGAUGAAAAGAAAGAAAUUUAUUUAUCUGAGCAAUAUAGUCCUAAGUUAGUACCAUAUAAUGAAAUCCCAACCUGCUUAACAGUAGUUGAUGCUGUUGAUGACAUGGAUCAACUUUUAACACAGCAAGAAUUGGCAAAGAGGUUUUAUAAUUUUUCUUGUAGCCAGAAAUCAGAAUCACAUAAAACAUUCUGUGAUAAGUAUAAGCCCUGUAAACCUCGAUAUUUUAAUAGAGUCCAUACUGGAUUUGAUUGGAAUAGGUAUAAUAAAACUCAUUAUGAUUUAAAUAACCCACCUCCAAAAAUAGUGCAAGGUUAUAAAUUCAAUAUAUUUUAUCCUAAUUUAAUUUAUAAAAAUAAAAUUCCUAAAUAUACCGUUUUGCCUUGUGACAAUAAUGACUUCGCAACUCUAAAAUUUCAUGCUGGACCACCAUAUGAAGAUAUUGCUUUCAAAAUUGUUAAUCAAGAAUGGGAUUACUCUAGAAAGAGAGGUUUUAAAUGUCAGUUUACUAAUAGUGUUUUUCAGUUAUGGUUUCAUUUCAAGAAACAGCGCUAUAGAAGAUAGAAAAUACAUUAUUACUAUGGUUUUCUGUGUUUUAUUUUUAAAAGAAUCAGCUGUAUUUUUAGUUUGUUCAGAUGCAUAUUUUUAAUCUGUGCAAAUACAGUACAUUUAAAAUUUCUCUUUAAAGAUUAAAGGUGAACAGUUGUAAUUAUGAUUGCUUUUUAUACUUGUAAAAUUAUUAUUAUUAUGAAUGUUGUUAUAUAUUGGUAAACAACUUUAGUAAAUACAAAUUUAAAACACUUAGAAUGAACUAUGUUUUUCUGUGUGUUCAUGUAAAACAACUUCUUGUCAUGUUCCAGUUGAAUAACAAUUUUAAAUAUGUAGGUUUAUGUUUAUUUAUAUAAACUUUUGAUUUAUUUAUACUAAAUAGAUUAUAAAAUACAGAAUUUUAUAGUCUAUAAAGAGGAAAUUUUUAAUAAGUUUGCAGAAAAUCAUAUUUGGGAUAUAUUCAAUUAAAUGCAAAUUUAUGAUAAUGCUAGAGAACUCCAUAACUGUUACAUCCUUAAUAAAGUUUCUAAAAAAAUCCUGGA